AUGCAUCUCGUUACAGAUUUUGCAGUCAAAGAGAAGUAUAGCUAUCAUGAAGGGUUUGGAAAUCACUUCCGGUCCGAAGCCGUUCCUGGUGCUGUUCCUGUUCCCAACAACCAUGCUCAACGUCCUCCCCUCGGAUUGCGCACGGAGAAAAUGUCCGGGGCGUCUCUGGUAGGCCCGCGAUCGCACAACUUAUACACAUAUAUGUAUCGCAUCGAGUCCUCGCACGAGCACCACCAAUUCACUCAGUGGAACCAUCAUCUCGAAUAUGCCAAUCCACCCCCAGCCAAGAACCUGACUCCAAAUGCUGUGUCAUGGCCCACCGUUCCAUGGCCAGAAAAGGGAGACUGGAUCUCGCAGCGCUUGGUAGGCAGCAACGGCGAUCCUCAGCAGAAGACGGGCUUAUCCAUCUGGUUCUUUAAUGUCCAUAAGGACAUGGAUCCGCAAACCGUCUUCAGCAGCCUGGACGGCGAGGCUCUUAUCGUCCCGCAGUUCGGCUCGCUGGAUAUCACGACGGAGCUUGGCAAGAUGCUAGUUAGGCACAACGAGAUCGCCGUGAUUCCGCGUGGCAUCAGAUAUCGUGUGACGCUGCCUGAUGGAAAGCCGUGCCGGGGGUACAUCUGCGAGCUCUAUCAGGGCCAUUUCCGUCUGCCUGAACUCGGUAUUAUUGGGACGACCGGCCUGGCCAAUUCCUAUGACUUUCAGAUACCAAAGGCAUCUUUCGAGGGCCGCACGUCGGAAUGGAACAUUGUAUCUCGCCUGAAUACAAAGCUGUGGCGCUGUUCACAGCCUACGAGCCCUUUCAUUGUCGUCGGCUGGCAGGGCACACUCUAUCCGUACAAGUACGAUUUGGCACGUGUCGAUACCAUCACCAACAUCCGCUACGGCCACGCCGAUCCCUCCGUGUUUGUUGUUCUAACAGCUCCUUCGUUUGGCAAAGCCCCCGGCACUGCGGUGAUUGACUUUGCCUGCGUCGGGCCUCGAUGGCAAGUUGCCGAAGGCACGUACCCGCUGCCCUGGUUCCACCGCAACACGAUGCAGGAGUUUGUUCUUGGCAUUAUUGAUGACCAACGUCUUGACACUCCGCUCAACGACCCUAGAGCCGACUUUAGCCCCUUUGCAGCCUUUCUCAACGGGACAAUGGUGACGCAUGGGCCUGAUGAGAAGCAUUACCAGGCCAUGAAGGCAUCGGACACUACUAAGCCAGUUAUAGUGCAGAAUGAAGGCCUCACUUUCGGUCUCUUUGAGUUUGAGUGUCCCCUUUAUUUGACGGAUUGGGCUUUUGAGUCGGCGAAACAGAACUCCAAGAGGCAGUUUUCAGGUCAAUUCAUUGAGACUAAGUAG